AGGCGACGCGAGAAUCGGCUCGCGGGAAACCGACAGGAAAGAGUUGAGAAUUUGCCGCGGAACAGAGCAGCUCGUGCUCCGCCACUUUCCGUCCGUCGCACUUCAUUUGAACCGAAUUAAAAGUUUUGCUCGACCUGCUCCGGGAUGUCUGGCUUCGAUGAUCCGGGAGUUUACUACAGCGACAGCUUCGGAGGCGGAGAGGGAACCGGCCCGGACGAAGGCGGACUGAAGCGGAUCCAGAUCAAGAAGCGGUUCCGUGAGUUCCUCCGGCAGUUCAGAGUGGGCACCGACCGAACCGGAUUCACGUAUAAAUACAGAGAUGAGCUGAAGAGACACUACACCCUGGGGGAGUACUGGGUGGAGGUGGAGAUGGAGGACCUCGCCAGCUUUGAAGAGGAUCUGGCCGAUUGUCUCUACAAGCUGCCCACGGAGAACCUCCCUCUGCUGGAGGAGGCUGCAAAGGAAGUAGCCGAUGAAGUGACCCGUCCCCGGCCCGUGGGGGAGGAGACCGUGCAGGACAUCCAGGUCAUGGUGAAGAGCGACGCUCAUCACGCGUCUAUUCGCUGCCUCAAGUCCGAGCAGGUGUCUCGUCUCGUGAAGGUGAACGGCAUCAUCAUCUCGGCCACAGCCGUGAGGGCGAAGGCCACCAAGGUGUGUCUGCAGUGUCGCGGCUGCCGCAACCUCAUCAGCAACAUCCCUCUGCCCCCGGGCCUGCAGGGCUACGCUCUGCCGCGCAAGUGCAACAAUGAGGGCGCCGGCAGCGUUAAGUGUCCCAUCGACCCGUACUUCAUCAUCCCCGACCGCUGCGUCUGCGUCGACUUCCAGACGCUGCGGCUGCAGGAGUCUCCGGAUGCUGUGCCUCAUGGAGAGAUGCCGCGUCACCUGCAGCUCUACUGUGACAGGUAUCUGUGUGACCGCGUGGUCCCGGGCAACAGGGUGACCAUCAUGGGCAUCUACUCCAUCAAAAAAAUGGCUGCUGCCAAGGCCCAGGGCAGAGAGAAGAGCGCCGGUGUGGGCAUUCGUGCGUCCUACCUGCGAGUGGUUGGCAUCCAGGUGGACACGGAAGGAACAGGACGUGGUGCCACUGGAUCAGUUACUCCGCAGGAAGAGGAGGAGCUGAGAGGACUGGCAGCGUCUCCUAACGUCUACGACUCUCUGGCGCGCUCCAUCGCUCCCUCCAUCUACGGCAGCGACGAUCUGAAAAAGGCCAUCACCUGCCUGUUGUUCGGAGGUUCGAGGAAAAGGCUGCCUGACGGUCUCACUCGCAGGGGCGACAUCAACCUGCUGAUGCUGGGAGAUCCGGGUACGGCCAAGUCCCAGCUGCUCAAGUUCGUGGAGAGAUGUUCACCUAUCGGGGUAUUUAAAUUCUCCAUUAUCUGUCCUCAUU